AUGGAAACUUCAAAAAAUAAUCAAUUCGAAUAUAAUGAUAUACGAGAACUUUUAUCAGUUCAAUUGGAAAAAUUACGUGAAAUAUCUUCUGAUUAUUUUUCACAACCAAUACAUGUACUUCCUUCUAUUACGGAUAAUAAUCAACAUGGAUUGGAACAGCACUUACAACAAGAAAGUCAAUAUCGUUCAGGACAACGCAUCGUUCUGAUCCCAUGUUUUGUGGAAAAUUCAUAUUGGGUUGGUAUUCUAAUCGAAUUUCAAGCAUCGAAACAAAUCACACGGGCUGAAUAUAUCAAUUCAGUGAGUGGAGUAAAUACCAUUCCAGUUACCUUACAAGAACAAUUUGCUAAUGUUUAUCCAUCUGCUGCUCUACGAAUAAAAGAUUUCUAUAAACAUGAUGAUAGAAAACUUAGUGCAACAUUUACCAUUAAAAAUCUAAUAUUGGCAGUUCAAAAUAGUUCGCGUUCAAAUGUUUUAAAUCAAGAGGGGCAACAAUCAUAUACCACUAUUCAAGAUGGAAACAUGACCGACACAUAUUCAGCCACAGUGCAUUCAUAUGGUUACGUAACGAAUAAAGCAACUACCUCAACUUUAAUUCCAAACACUCAAAAAGAAGGUAAUGAAAAAAAACUUUGUGAAUUACAGCAGGAAUUAAAUGAUGGAUUGAUAAAACUUAAAAUUCGAGAUGUUGCAAUAUUGCCAGAGAGAAUACAGAAAACAAGCCAAAGAAUCAAAGACUAUGAGAAAGACAAAAGAAUGGACUCUGCUGAGAAAGAAAAAAAAUAUUUAGCCGAACUUCUACAAUUACAAAAUCUUCUGACUAAAAUAUCUGAAUUAACUUCUAACAUGUUCUCUUCUCAAAAUCUUGAUCAAUUAGAAGUUCUUCAGUUAGAGCAAGAAUUAGAUAUUCAUGAUCCAGAGAAAUUGAUAGAAACAAUCCGAAAAACAGAAGAAUUAAUCAAAGAGUAUGAAAAUGAGGAGAGAACUGACGAUGUCGAACAUGAAAAAAAAUAUUUAGCCAAACUUAAAGAAUUAGACUUCAUGUGGAAACGAAUGAGUAGUGAUUCUACUCCAUCCAUCAGUACUAUAGAGAAGAAAUUAAAUAGAAAUGAAACUGGAAAAUCAGCUGACGAAAGUUCUAGUCAGCUAAUUCCUGAUGAGAAGGAGAAAAAACGACUUUAUCUUCAAGAUCUAGAUAAAGAUAUGAUGAAUUUGCCUUUAUGUGCAGAGAAAAUUCUAUUGGAACUACUACUGCAUUUUGAGCAAUGUUUAUUUAAUGGAAAUGUGUAUUCGACCGAUAAAAAUCUAGUGAAUGAAAAGUUAGGUAAACUGACAGAGCAGAUUGAAAGUCAAGAAUUCUAUUCGCAAGAAAUGCAAACUAGUCUACAGGAAUUAGAAAGUACUACACGUACUGGUCAUUGUUCAGAUGCAGUGUGUGCUUUACAAGAUUUUCUUCGAAAAAUCAGACCAUUGAAUGUACGUGAAAUAGAAAGACUCGUUUCGAAAGCGAACGCAGCAGCGUUAUUAAUUCGUGGAAAGGAUGUUAUUUUGCUAGUAGGUGAGACAGGAUCUGGAAAAUCUACGACGAUUCAAUUUCUCGCAGGUUGUAAGAUGCAACAUUCUCUAAAGAAAAUUGCUUCUGGAAAGUCUUUGGAACACAUUGAAGUAGUAGGACCUGUGAAAAAUCCUGAUUUGAUGAAAAUCACAACUAGUCCAUCGAGUAAAUCAGAAACACGAUAUAUUGCGCCUGUUACAAUACGUUUGCAAGAAAUUUUAGGUGCGCAUGAGAAUGGUAUCAUGGUUUUAUGUGAUGCACCAGGAAUCGGUGAUACAGCAGGUCCAGAAGUAGAUAUUGCUAAUUCUGUAGGAAUUCUUGAAGCGAUUAAAGGUGCUACAAGUGUGAAAAUACUUGCUUUAUCAAGUUCUAAAAGUGUAGGUGAUAGAGGACAAGGAAUUAAGAAAUUGGCACAUAUAUUAAUUCAUAUGAUCAAUGGAAUAGAAGAUAAACUUGAUGCUAUUUUUUAUAUAUUUACAAAAUAUCCCAAGACAGCCAAUAUUAAUGCUGUGUUAUUAGAUAUAAUUACGAAUAUCAACAUAGAGCGGGGUUUACAGCAUGAUACAGCAUUUUUGACUGUUUUGAAAGAUAUGGUCGAUAAGACCGAUGAUAGUGUGUUCAUAAUUGAUCCUGUUGAUGAUGAGCCGAAAACAUUGAUUAGAAGAUUGAGACGUAUAAGAGAUAUUCGAUUUCCAGGAGAAGUUUUUCGAUUUCCUAUGAGCGAAGAUACACGAUCUAUUAUUACGAAUCAUUUGCAAAGAGAUAAAUUCAAUAUAGUUUGCGCUAUGAAACACAAGGCUCAUGAACUUGUUCUACAUUAUUUAAAUGAUUUGAAGUCAUUGAAAGAUAUGAUUAAACAAAGUUUUGUUCGAGAUGCCUACGAAGAUGCGAUACAUUUGGUAAUUGACUUCAUUAACGAAUAUUGUACAGACAUAAAAGAGAAAUUUAAUCGUGCUUUAUGGAGUCAAGAUGGUUUACGAGAAGAGGAUAUUCGUAAUUAUAAAACUGCAGUUAUAUAUCUUCAAAAAAUUCAAAUUUUGAAAGAUCAUAUAGGAUCGAGUUUGUUAACACCUGAAGUGUUAAUGCAAAAUAUCAAUUUUGAACUUAAUAAGAUAAAACAAAAUUUAUAUGAAGGAGAAUUGUACAAUCCUUUUAUUGAAGUAUAUUUAAAUAAUUUUCGUAUGCUAAAAAAUUCUUUUGAAGAACUUCAUAUGGAUUAUAAUAGUACUUGUAAGGAAUUUGAACAGCGCUAUGAAGCUCUCCUACAAUCGGCAUCGGAUCUUAUUCCAACAAAUAAAUUUAAAGAAAUUGCCGAUAUUAUUCUGAUUAUUUAUAAAUCAGCGCUUGUUUUGAAAGAUCAUCUAAGUAUACCAGUCGUCAAGAAAUAUCAAGACAUAGUUAAUCAACUCUUGCAACACUUGAAUAAUUAUUUAAAAAAAGCAGAUCCAAUUUUACAAAAGAUUCGAUUAAGUGAUAUCGAUAUUGAAAAUCUUCAAAGUUACGUAGAUAUAGUAAGAUCUGCUAAAGAAUAUGCUCCUCUUCAAGAUCGUAUUGUAAUAUAUACUGAUACGUGGCAAAUAAAAAAUGAUCUAUCAGAUCAACAAGUUGUAAAUCGAGUCUCAAGAGUUGUUCCAACACUUUUGACUAAUAUCUAUAAUGAAUUAAUUACGAAAAUCACAAAUUAUUUUGAUGAAAUUAGUAGGAGAAUUGAUGAACUUUAUGUAAAGAAUCGAGAUCAUGCAUUAGAAGAUAUUCAAAGAUUAGUUGAUGAUAUGAAUGCUGUUCGAAAAAUUCCAGAACUCGAAUCAUUGACUGCUGGUACAUAUUAUCGAGCUAUUGAAAAUAUUCGUGGUUAUAUGCAACAGUUAGAAAGAGAUGCAGAACAAUUAUUAUUUACUCUAGAUCAACAGCAAGUAAUUACUAAUUACAGACAACUCGCAAGAUCAUUAGCACGUUUGAAAAAUGCUAAAUGGUUCGAUCAAGUUAGUUCAGGAACAUACGAAACUUUAAUGCACCGAAUUACAGAAGAAUUAGUACAAUAUAUUUGUCAGUUAGAUAAUAAUUUAAUGAAAGUAGAUUUUACUUUAAAAUAUCCAAAUAAUAUUCCUCUUGCGCAAGAUAUUGUUGCAAAAGUUGAAUUGUUGAGUGUUUUAGAGCAUUGUGUACCCGAACUAGAAAAAUAUAGAAAUAAGAUACUUCAACGAUUUUUACAAAGUACACAAAGUGCAUUUGAUCGUAUUCAAAAAACUUUUAAUUUAGAAGAUCAGGAUGUUUAUCUAAUAAAACAACAAUUGAAAGAACUUGAAGAAAUUAAAAGAGAAUAUGAAAAAUUACAUCCAGCUCGAAUCUAUUUACAAAAACAAGGUUAUUCAGAUAGUAAUAUAUUGAAUCGUGAAAUCGAUGAUUUAAGAGUAAAACAAAAGACAGAACUACAGACAAUAGAAUCUGAACUACGUCAGUUAGAAUCUCAUUUAAAUCGUUUGAAUGAAAUCAUUCGGAAAUAUGUCGAAAUGUCAUAUCCAAAGCAAGAAGGUACUAUGAUAGAAAUGGUAACGAAUGCAAUUCAGUCAGUUCUUAGACAAAACAGUGUUGAUAUCGAAAGUUAUUUGAAAAAUCAGGGAUAUAUAAACAUUGAAGAUGUAUACGAAGAAAUUACAACUGUAAAAAAAAAUUAUGAUUUUAAAUCACAAAAUCUCCAAGAUCAGAAAGCACAAUUUAUUAUUUCUUUACGUAAUCUUGAAUCAAUAAAAAAAGAACAUGAUUCUUUAUUGACUACACAUAAUACUCCCUCAGUGGAAGAGAUGAAUUUUUUGGAAGAAAAAGGAUUUAAGAAUUUUGAAUCACUUGAUUUAUCUAUUCAAGAAAAGACAAGAUUUAUUGCUGAACGAGAAAAAAAUAAACAAGCGUAUUUUUUCAAUGAUAGAUUAGAUACUGCUUCAGCAGAUAAUGCUUUAUUAUAUAUAAGUCAAUGUGAAAAAGUUAGUCAUGAUCGUGUAAAAGAAAUAGCAACUGAUACAAAUACUCGUUUACAAAAAUAUAUACGUGAAUAUGGAAAUUUUUUAGAUCAAGAAAUCAAUAGAAAAUUUAAUUAUGCAUGUACUAUUGAUCCACAAAUAGAUCCUUUUCAAUAUUCUCAUGAUUUAGAAGUACGUUUACAAGAAUUGUCAUCUUUGGAAAAGUUUCCCAUUGUAUUUCAAUUAAUGGAUGGAAGCGAAAAACUAGAACGUUGGCGUAGAAAAUUUCGUGAAUAUCAUAAUACUUUAGCUACAAAAAUGGAAGAAUGUACACUCCGUGAGAAUACAGAGUUAAGCGAUCAACUAACAAUUGCUCAAGCAUUAUGUUCUGUUGAUAUUUUUUGUAUGGCUGAUUUUGCUGGUAAUGGAUUUGGAUCAUUAUAUAGACAAUAUCGAGGAAAGAUAAUUACAGAAGCAAAAGUUGCAUAUAGAAAAGUUUUAGAAAGUAUCUAUAAACGUGAAUAUGACAAUGCAGACAUAGCACUAUCGGAUAUUCCUAAUAAUCGUAUUAAUUCAAGAGAUUUAGAUCAAAUAAAACUUGAUUUAAAAAAUUCGUUAGAGAAAUUAAUUAAAGAUACAUUUAGUAUUGUUAAUUGGCUUGACGGAAAAAUUGAAAGAGAAGAAAAUAAUCGUGCUCAAAUAGUCGAGAUUAAAGAAAAUAUUGAUAAAAUUCGAAUUGCAUUACAUAAAAAUCGUAUUAUGGAAUUACUUGAUGAUGAAACAAAAGCUAAUCUUCGAAGUUUUGAUGGAAAAAUUGAUAAAAUUCUAGCAGAAAUUAUUUUAAAAGCACUUCUAUCAAUGGAAGCGUUUAUGAACGCUGAUAGUUUUUCUGAAGCCGAACAAGGAAUGGAAAAUCUUAGUCGAGUACAACGUGAAUUAACCGGUUAUUGUACAUCAUCAGAGGUUAUUGAAAAAUAUCGAGAACUAAAUGAUCGAUUAAAUAGUAUAGUUAUUGAUAUUUUAAAACGGACAGAUUUUUCAAAUGUUGAAAAUUAUUCGAUUAAUCCACCGAAAGAUCUUUUAGGUAAAUUAAAAAUGGUUGCAUCACAUGGUAGUGCGAGAUUUACUCAAGCUUACACAUCAAUGUUAGAACAAAUAAGAAAAAGUUUUACUUUAGCUAUUGCUGCAGUACGUGCUUCAUCACUUGAUGAACGUCGUGUUAAAAUUCGUUCAUUAAAUUAUGCAUUAUAUUUUUUACCUGAAGAUUUACAAAAAGAAUUUAAAACACAAAUCGAUGAAUUGAGUAAAUUAAUAAGUGAUGAGGAAAAUGCAUAUAAACAAAUUCUAGAUGCAUUAUUUACAGAUUUAGAUCAAGAUGAACAUACGAUUAAAAAAAUAGGACUUUUAGCUGAACAAUUUAAAAAAGAUAAUAUGAGAGAGCCUUUAGAAAUUUUACGUGAAAAAAGUUUGAAAAAAUUAAAUGUUUAUCAAACGAAUUUAGAAAGUUAUUUCGAUAAACGUAUAACAUCAGCCUAUGAUACAGCUAAAAGAAUAUUUCAAUAUCAAGAAUAUGUCGGAGCUUAUAUUCCAGAAAUUCAAGGAAUUUGUAAUAAUAUUGGUAGUUUAACAACAAAAAAAUUUUGUCAUUGUUGCGAAAUUUUAGCUGAUAUAUCAUCAGUUGAAGAAAUCAAUAUAAUUGAAAAAGCUUUUACUGAUAUGCUCUUUUAUCUUGAAUUUUCGAAUACAUUUAGUAAGGAACAUGGAGAAAUUAUUCCAGAAUAUAGUUUACAAACUGGCAAAGAGAGAUUACAUGAAAUGUUUGAAUAUUUACGAACAAUGACUACAAAUUUUCAAUGUGCUUUGACUAAGAAACAUAUUUCAGAAUUAUAUAAAAUAACGAUUAUAUCAAAGAAAUGGAGUAGAUUUACAGAGAAAAUUAAUCAAUGUCGAUCAAAACAUAAUUUGAUGCAAUAUAUGUUAGAACAGAUGAAAGAUAUUGAUCAAUAUACAGUUAUCAUUACUAAAGUUGAAGAUAUGAUAAAAGAUUUAAACACUCAAUUAAAUGUUGAUUUAUAUAGUGAUGAUACAACUAAAUUCGAAGUAAAACGCGAUGCAUUUUUUAAUAAUAUGAUGAGAAUAAUAAGUACAUUGAAAGAGAUAAAAAUGAAAUUUAAAGAUAUUUUUUCAUCAAUACUGGAUAUUGAAAAAUUAGAAGAAGAUUUAAAAAGAAAAAUUGAAAAAAUGAAUACUCAAUUGCUUGCUAAAGCAUCAAAAGAAGAACUCUCUUUUAAAGAUUGUGAUGAAUUUCGUAUGUAUUAUAAUCAUCUUGUAUCAUUUGAGAAACAUGUUCGUCUAACAGGUUUCGAUAAUCAAUCAUUUUUAUAUACAUGUGAGCAAAAAAUUUUUGACAAAGUUGCAUCUUUACGUAAGACUAUUUUAACAUCGAUUUCGAAUGCUGAGCAAGUUGCUGAUAUGUUAAUUAAAAUGAAAUUUCUUGCUGAAAAUCUCUCAAUGUUUGAUCAAAAUAUAAAUGAUGAAAUUGAUGAAACUUUAAACAUUUAUAAAGAAAAACAGGGUAGUGCUGGUAUUAUGUUAUUGACAAUGGCAUUAGAAAAAAAUGAUCUGGGUGGUCGAUUAAUUAGUGAUCAUGCUUGUUUAAGAGGAGAAGAUUGGAGAAAGCGGCGUGAAAAAAUGCAAAAUCAAGAUAAUUUAGAAUACGUAUUAAAUGAACUUACUGGAGAUGAUAUCGCAAAAGAUAUUUUACAGUCUCGUUAUGAAGUUUUUAGAAAAAAAUAUGAUGAAUUAGUUUCGACUAUAUUAAAAUCGUUUGAUCCGAAAACCGCUACAGAACCCGAUUUAGAAGUAUUAAUUACACAAACGAAAUAUCUUGUUGGAACAUUAUCUCAUAAAUCUGAGACUUUUGUUUGGAGUCGUUCAUUUCGAGAAGCUAUUCCCGAACUUUUAGCACAUAUUUUUGCCAUAUGGACUUUAAAAAAUACUCAACAUUAUAAUACAACGCGUGGUAUUGAUGCAGCACGAUUCUAUUUAUUAAUGCCACAUGUCGGACAAGUAAUAGCUAUUUUCCGUCUUCUUGGUAUUGGUUUUCAAAGAAUUGAUAGAAUUCCUGUAAUCGGAAUACGCUAUAAGAAAACCAUUUCAGAUCAGUUAGUUAACAAUUUAGUAGAAGUAGGAACCGGAGAAGGAAAAUCAGUUGUGAUGGCAGUAACUGCAUGUGUAUUUGCUCUUGGUGGAGUAGAUGUAAAUUGUUCGUGUUAUAGUGAAGUAUUAAGUAUGCGAGAUAAGAAUGAUUUUGCUUCGGUAUUUACUGCACUUGGAAUAGAAGAUCGUAUUGAAUAUGGAACUUUUAAUAAAUUAUGUGAACAAUUAUUAAAUGAACAAUGUAAUGUUCGAGAAAAAGUUCAUGAUAUGAUCAUAAAUAAUCGAGAAAAGAUCGAUAAAGUUCCUGAUUUAGAACAAUCACGAUUAAAAGUAUUGUUAAUCGAUGAAGUCGAUGUAUUUUUAAGUGACAAAUAUUAUGGUGGAAUGUAUACGCCAUCAGUUUAUUUGAGAAAUCCUCUGAUAAAAGCUUUGUUAGAUGAAAUCUGGAAAAAUAGAACAUUAAAAGGAUUAAACUAUGUAAAACCUCUUCCAGCUUAUAGAAAUUGUGCGACUCAAUAUAACCAUUGGUUAUUUCUUUUUGACGAAGCAAUUAAAGAUAUGUUAGCAGCAUUACAAUCUUAUCAAUCAUCAACAUAUCUUGUGCAAGAUGAUAAAAUUGUUUAUGUUGAAGGUGAAUCUAUAGUAGAUAAUGUAGUUCGUGGAUAUGAUACUGUUUGGGCAUAUUAUUAUGAACAUCAGAAAGGAAAUAUUAGUCAAAAUAGUUUAGAAACGAAUGUAGGCAUUAUCAUUCAUUGUGGAACAUUUUCCUAUGCUGAAAUGCCUCUUGAUUUUGGAUUUAUUGUUGGUGUAACUGGUACAUUGAAAACACUUGCUACUACAGAAAAAACUAUUUUACAAGAAGUUUAUGGAGUUCAGAAAACAACGUAUAUGCCGUCAGUAUUUGGUAGUAGUAAUCGUACAUUUGAUGAACGUACUGAUGUUGAAGUAGUAACAGAAUCGGAAUAUUUUAUGAGAAUUCGUGGAGAAAUUGAUACAAUAUGUAAUGCAAGUCGUGCGAUUCUUGUAUUUUUUGAAUCAGAAAUUAAAUUAAUGAAAUUUUAUAAUUCAGAUGAAUUAUCAUCUUUAAAACACGAUGCACAAAUUAUUACAGAAAAAGUUUCUGUUAAAGAUCGAGAUCUAUAUAUUAAACGUGCAGCAACUAUUGGUAGAGUUACAUUGUUAACUCGAACAUUUGGACGAGGAACUGAUUUUAUAUGUCGAAAUCAAGAUUUAUUAGCUAAAGGAGGUAUUCAUGUUCUUCAAACAUUUUUCUCUGAAGAAUUAUCUGAAGAAUAUCAAAUAAUGGGGAGAGGUGCACGACAAGGAGAUCGUGGUUCGUAUAGAAUGGUUUUAUUAAAUAGAGAUUUAGAAUGGAUUUUGGGUUCAGCUUGGAACGAAGAACUUAAAAAAAUCGAACGUUCUCAUUUAUAUAAAGUUUUAAAACAAGCUCGUAGUAAACUUUAUGAAAGUAAAUGUGGUGCUAAAGGACUUGGCAUAGAGCAAUGUAAACGUGAGCAUACAAAGUCGAAAGAAUUUUUAAGAUCAUUAUUGGAAGGAGAGAUGAAAAUGAUAAACACAUUUCUGCAUGAACAAAAUCGAGGAGCAAAUUUAGUUUCAGAUUGUUCACGUACAGUUCUACUUAUGGAUGCGACAGGUUCUAUGUCAAGUUUAUUAUCUGCUGCUAAAGAAACUGUUUGUACAAUGUUUGAACGAGCUUCAGCUAUUCUAGAAACACUAAAGAUACCGAGUGAUUCAUUUCAAAUGCAAUUUGUAGUUUACAGAGAUUAUGAUUGUUUAGAAGAUCGAAUUCUUCAAAGUUCUGCUUGGGAAUCGAAACCAAGUAAUUUAAGAGCUUUUAUGACAACAGUAUCUGCUACAGGUGGUGGAGAUUAUGAAGAAGCGAUUGAAAUAGGACUCUGGCAUGCAGUUCAACAGAGUAAAAAACCGGAGGGACUUUCUCAAGUUAUUUUAAUAGGAGAUGCACCAGCAAAAGAUACGAAUGCAAUAAGAAGAGAUAGAAAAACCUAUGGAGGAGAAGCAUAUUGGAAUAAAAGUAAAUAUGGAGCUGAAACUCAUUAUAAAAAUGAACUUAAGCAACUUACAGAUAGAAAUAUUCCCGUUCAUACGUUUUAUCUCUCUGAAGGUGCACGAACAAAUUUUCAAAAAAUCGCAGAGCCACUAUCAGGAACUUGUGCACGAUUAGAUAUUCAUACUUCGAAUGGUGCAGAAUCAUUAACUAAUUAUGUCACUAAAGAAAUAUUGAAAAAAACAGCUGGUAGUCAAGGUGAAGUUGCAGUACAACGAUAUGAAAAGGAAUAUAUAAAAACCAGUUUUACAUCUUAA